CCCGCAGACACAAGAACUUCAGACAACCAGUACACGUCGAAAAUGGCAGACAGUCCCAAUCACGCGAUCGUAUACGGCGCAUCGGGGUUAAUCGGCUGGGCUCUGAUCAACCAGCUUUUGGCCCCAUACCCUGGUGCUAACACAUUCAAGAAGGUGACAGCGAUCACGAACCGGCCUCUGGAUCCGUCGGAGACAUUUUGGCCGGAGCCGGAAUCGCAUCGGCCAGAUCUGCAGCUUGUUUCGGGCGUGGACCUUCGUGGGUGGAAUGGAGAUGUGUUGUUGGAGCAUUUGAGGGGGGUCGUCCACGGUAUUGAAGAUGUGACUCAUGUUUAUUACUUGGUAUUUACCGCCAUGGACGAUGACCUGGAAGAAGUUGCGACCAAUCGACGUAUGUUGCAGAAUGUGAUCGAUGUUCAUAACAUGAUUAGCCCGAAGCUCCAGUUCGUGGCCUUUGUUGGUGGAACACGAGGCUACGGCAUCUAUUCCCCCGGCGGGACAUUCACCCCACCCCUGCACGAAGACAUGGUAAACAACCUUCCACCCGAGUACACAAAAACAGUCGUGUAUCCAUUCUACCGCAAAAUCCUCAACGCAUCCAGCGCGCAAAAGAAAUGGACCUGGUGCGAAGUGUGUCCGGAUGCCAUUGUUGGUUUCACACCGAACGGAUCACAAUUCAGUCUGGCCCUGCACUGGGCGCAGUAUCUAUCCUUAUAUGCCUACAACAACGGCAUCGGACCACAUACCCAAGGAAAGGAGGCAAGCACCGGCCCCGUCGUGGAGAUUUCAUUCCCUGGCUCCAUGGCCGGCGCUACGUCAAUGUUCAGCCCCGUAUCUAGUACUCGACUUGCACGUUUCAUGAUCUAUGCGUCGUUGCACCCGGAGAUAUGUGGAGAUGGUCGGUUAUUCAAUAUUGCUGACCGAGAGACGCCAUGCACGUACGGAUCAUUGUGGCCUCAGCUAGCGAGAUGGUUUGGCCUUGUCGGUGUGGGACCUGUCGAGUCCGCACAGGAAACAGAACAGAAUAAAUUGAAAGUUGGAGAACUUCCUGAACAAGCUUCAUCGCUCGCACCGGGGGAGUAUAUAGCUAAGUAUCAGGAUAUCUUUACUCGGUACGGAUGUCAGAAGGCUAUCACUGGAGGUGUGGGGGCUGGCAACCGCCAGUUGGAUAGCGUGGGGUAUUGGCUGACGUUCGAUCGGCAGCUAUGUUUGGAGAAGCUUAAGGGGACUGGGUUUGAGGAGGAUCGGGAUCCAGUUGAAGGCUGGUUGGAGAGUUUUGCACUCUUUCGGAAGGCGGGGUUGAUUCUUUAGAUAGCCUUGGAAUGGUGCAGUGUUUGGGCGGGUAGGAAUUCAUUCGAGGUUAUGAGUAUGUAGAGACCUUCUCUGGCUAUUUCUUAUCUUGGCAUCAUCGCCCUGAACUAAACCCAGGGACAUCUACAUAAAGAUAACGACAUCUUUGCAUGAGAUCAAACUAUGCAACCCAGUUCAACAAAAGUCGCUCAUGUGCCUUUCUCACGAACCAUCUGUGAACCACAUAGAAGAUCAAG